GAAUUGACAGCGAGUUAUAUUUUAUCUCUGGAUUUGCUUUAGACAGCAACAUGAUUUUCUUAAUAGUUGUUUUCCUUUUAGUCCUUCUAUUUUCAGUGCUGCCAUCGUAUUCUGGAGAUAUAACCAAAAGAUUGAGCAAGUUUCUCUUGCAUGUCUCUGAUGAAGAAUUAAACUUGCGGUCACAAGUAAGAGAACUGAAGGCUGAGCAGGACUCUAUCAGUAUGACAGAUGAAUUUGCUAGAUAUGCCAAAAUUCAACGCCGUAUUGAUAAAUUGAUGACGCAGGUCAAAGAAUCAAAUUCUACCAGGAUGCAGAAGAGCUCACUCUUGUCAAUGCUUGUCAGAAUUGUAAUAUAUGUGACACAAGCACUAACGAUGAUAACAUUGGUUUUCCGGUACCGUAAUGAACCUCUGUUGAUGUUUCCCUCCGAAUGGUUCUACCCUUUACAAAAGUUUGUAGCUCUGCCUACAGGAAUACCAGGUGCCCUCGGUAUAGCUUGUUGGAUAAUGGUGUGCACUGCUACAGUAUAUCGUAUCAAGCAGUUCCUAGUCAGUUAAACAUCAGCAAUUCUUUGGUCCAGGUUACACCUCUGUACCAACCCGUUCUUGACUCCCAUGGUUUGGACACUCACAAAGACUGAAAGAUGUUGUCGACAUGGCGAGCAAGACCGGUUGAAUUCUGUUCAGUUCAAUGGAGAAGUGCAUGUUUUUGUAAAGUGCAAAAUAGAAUACAUACAAAAUGUAUGCAAAGGAUAAUGUAUGGUAAAGUAUAUGUUUGAACCAGAUUCUUGAAUAAUUUUUCAUCACAUGUCACAUUUGUUUUGAUUGAGAGAUAUGCACAAGUAAAUAAAGUGAUAUGAUUACAGUAUUACAAAAUGAUGACGAUGUGGUAGAAAGAUUUGUUGGGUUUCCGACUUUAGACUAGUGGUAUUAAAAGUUACUUCAUUAAUCAAUAUUUAUCUUAUUAAAAUUUCUUAGUUGCAUUUGAUUUUGUGGAAUAUCGACCUUAACCUGUCAGUAUGGACUCAUGCUAAUUAAGAUUUAGGAAAAUACAUUAUUAAAAAUA